UCACCAGUGCUCCCUUUCUGUCCAAGCCGCUUUCCGUAGGGCCGGAAGUGCUUUGAAUACGGCGGUUUGGGCGGUUAAUUUGAGUUUCAAAGUCCCGUCAGAAAAGGACCGUACAAACACAAUGGAACGAGUGAGGAAGAGCAGGGCUAAGGACAGCCGGCUGUCGGAGAUGCCCAUGCGAGUCGUCGAUAACAACAGGACGAGCAUGGUGUAUACUACGCCCAACAGAGGGAGGAUGAACAGGGCUCAGAGCAGCCGGCUGUCGGAGAUGCCCAUGCGAGUCGUCGAUAGCAACAGGACGAGCAUGGUGUAUACUACGCCCAAGAGUUGCAUGCCUUCGUUUGGAAAGCUGAACAUCCCCAAGCCUCAGUCUCACACCUCUGAGAGAAGGACCUCCUUUUUUGGGGCCAGGGCCAGUGGCGCCGGCAUGCCUCGCAACAGCUCCAUUGGAGGCUUCGGAGGAUCAGAGAAGUUAAAAGAUGUCCGUCCACUACAUGACAAGGCCUUCGUGCAGCAGUGUGUCAGACAGCUCUCUGAGUUCCUGUCAGAAAAUGGGUUCCUGGGCUCUGUGUCCACCAAAAUGCUCCAGUCUCCUUCCACCAAAGAGUUUCUAAAGAUGUUUGAGUUCAUCUACAGCCAGCUUGACAACACCUUCCAAUUGCCCACUUCCAAAGUAGAGGAGGAGGUUCCGCGCCUCCUGAAAGACAUGGGGUAUCCGUUUGCCAUUUCGAAGAGCUCCAUGUAUUCGGUGGGGGCCCCACACACCUGGCCCCUGGUCCUGGGGGCCCUCAUUUGGCUCAUUGACACUGUCAAGAUCUACUGGUGUAUGAGCAGGGAAGAGCUUCUGUUCAGUGAUUUCUCAGACGACAUGAACAUCGACGACGGCCAAAUGAAUAUUGAGGACGGGCCAGAGUACAACAAGCUGUUCCUGGACUACACAGUUGAGACGUAUGGCAAGUACCUGCAGGGCGCGGACACUUUCGAGGAUGAGGACGAGGUCCACUUCCACAAACUGAAGGCCCUUUACAACGUGGAUGAGGUGCAGUUGGCCUCCCUGGACGACAUAUUCAGGAAGCUCAGCGACAAGGUGGCGCAGCUGGAGAGUGAGAGACAAGCGGACCCCCUGAUGAGCAAGAGGAUACAGAAGAUGGAGUUACAGGCGGACCUCAAGAAGCUCCAGAGCUUCCGGAGCAGCAUGGAGGCCCUAAAGUCCUCGAUGGAGGCCAAGGCUUUAGAGGUCACAGAUGAGCAAGAGGCUGCAGGCCACCAACUGGAGUCCCUGAAGCAGGAGCAGGAACGCCUGCAGGUCGUGGUGAAGAACCAGAAGUUCACCCCGGCGGACGUGGAGCGCAUCAACCGGGAGAAGAACGAGCUGCAGCAGACCAUCUCCAGCCUCAGCAAGAGCCUGGAGGAGGCCGAGCAGCACAUGUGGAACGAGGAGAUCGCCGUGAUCAAGGCCAAGGAGAAGGCAGAGCUGAAGCUCACGGAGUACCAUAAACUUGCUCGUAAGCUGAAGCUCAUUCCAGCAUCGGCUGAGAACGCCUGCGGCCACGACUAUGAGAUCAGGGCCAACUUGGAGAUCGGGCCCUCAACCAUGGUCCAGUACAAAACGCAGGUCAUGGUACGUCUGCGGGACCUGAUUGGUAACGUGGAGGAGGAGGCCAGCCAACUGACCAAUCAAAAGCUCAGUGUGGAGGAAUCGAUCGAGCAGGUGAACUGCAACCUCUUGGACAAGUCAAAUGACCUUAAACAGCUCAGGGAGAACAUCCGCAAGCUGGACCAGCAAGUGGAGCAGGACAUGGAGGAGGUGGCGCGAGACGAGCAGAAGUGGGCCGAGGAGCUGGAGUCUGUGGAGAACCACCGGAAGCUUCUGGAGAAGAACGUCAACAUCGGCCACGACGAGGCUGUGCGAGAGCUCAAGGCCGCGCAACAACAGUACCACCUGGUGCUCCAGGAGACCAAUGAGGAGAGGAGGUCGGUGGCCAACCACCUGACCUCGGCCAUCUCCAUCGCUGCAGAACACCUGGACAUGGUAGAGAGGUGUCUGGAGGAGCUGAACGACAAAGUGAAGCGUGCGCUCAGCAAGGCCACGGAGGAGGACGGGGCUGAGCUGAGGAGACUGCAGGACAUGAGCAAGGCCUUCAUAGCCAAGGCUCAAAGCUUGUAGACGGAGGGAGGGGGCUCGCCCACGGCCGUUUACCACUUGUAUCAUAUUUCCUUCUUUGCCUUUACAUUUUUUGGGGUUCUUUCUAUUGUCAGCUCCAUGUAAUUACUGUUUUAUCUAAUUUGGUAUGUUCCAUACUGUUAACAUUAAAACUCUUUAAAAAAAAACA